ACUUUGACGCAAAUGGCUAUAAAAGUAAGCUCACCUGCCAAGGCCUCACCUCAAUCAAUAUCACAGUCAGUGCCAUAACCGAUCGGACUCAAUUUGAGGCGGCCGACAAUGAAACAGUUCGCGCUACUGUUAGUCGUGUUUUGCGUUUUGAGCGCUCAGGCAGCACCGGAUCGCACUUCACGCAUCAUCAAUGGACAAGUAGCGGCCAAUCACCCAUCCAAUGCGUAUAUUGUUUAUACGAGAGAAGACGGCUAUGGAUACUUCGGUGGCGGCACAAUCAUCUCUGAUCGCCAUAUUCUGACGACUGCCUUGAUUAUUGACGGAUUCUUCCAAUGGGACGUCGGAAUGGGAAGCAACAUCCUGAGUAUGCUUGGUUUUGUGACUUCUCGAACAGCCACAGCUCAUCCGCAAUACAACCCGGUUGACCGUGCUAACGACAUCGGGGUUAUCACCCUGCCGGUGUCCCUGGUCAUCACCGCGAACGUGGCUCCGAUUGCUCUUCCACCGCUGGACUCUGUCUACGGAUACCCCUUCGAAAAUGAACAGGGAACAAUCGUGGGUUUUGGGUUCACCGAUGCAGCUGCAACGGUCAAACCGAACUACCUGAUGCGUGCCUACCAGCGAGUGACCAACGACAUCGAUUGCCAAAUCUACCCAGUCACCGCGCCGAAUCACUUCUGUGCCAAGGAUAUCGUGGAGGGCGGUAACCUGUGUAACGGAGACUUGGGAGCCGGGUUUAUCACUGACGUGCAUGGGCAGCAGACCAUCACCGGGGUGGCUUCGAUGAUUAUGGAUCCUUGUGCCAAUUCGCAUCCGACGGCCUAUACUCGUGUAGAGGCCUACCGAACCUGGAUCAAUACGGUCACCGGAGUCUGAGUGGCGAACAAGUGGUUCUGUGAUCAGAAUGCGUGAAUAAAUAUGUUUUCUUCGCAAUAACUAUUUAGUUGCGUUAAUUCAACUGCUACAUUUUGAUAAUAUGUAUAAUCUUUGAUAUGAUGUCACCUACUCGAUUUUUAGACUGAAAAGCGAAUGUCAAGACAAAUUAAAACAGUUGACUAACU